CAAAAUCUCCCGUUAUAUUUUUUGCGUCAAUAAAACAAUUUUCUUUUACAAAAUGACUCAAAAAAAUAUUGAUAAUUAUUUUUCAAAAAAACAGAAUCAAGUUGUUUCAUCUGAUUCAGAUUCGGAUGAAAUGGAUAUAAAUAGAAUGGUUUUAAGAAAUGCUGAUAUUUCCUACUAUGAUGAUUUAUUUAAAAAAAAGGAGGAAUUGAAAAAUUUGGCAAAGGUUGUCGUGAAUGCGACAGGUUUGUCGGAAUGUUGGAAACAUUUCGGGGAACUUUACCUAAAAAACCGCCAUAUUCUUCAAAAAUAUAAAUUUUGCAAAGAAUGUCUAGAUCAAGGUACUUUGAAAGGGUUUGGAAAAGCUACGUCGACAACAAAUUAUUUAAACCACCUGCGUGUAGUGUACAAUCUAAAUGUUAAAUCGUUGAACUACAAAAAAAAAUAUGGAUAUGACACAAUCUGCAUUAGAAUCAUCGUCAACUUGCAAUGUUAAAUUUCAAAAUGGACGCAGAAUUGCAGAAAUGUGCUGCUGGGAUCUGCAGCCCUUUUCAAUAGUUGAUCGACCAGGAUUUGUAAAAUUUUUAAAUCCAAAAACAGUACUUCCUACAGACCGGACCAUAGCUACAUCUGCACUGGACGAUGUUUUUAAUGUUUAUAUAGGCCACAUUAACAAAAUCUUUGAGUCAUCA